CAUAGCAAUAGAUAUGUUGUGAAUGACUGUCCUCGUAUCAUAAGUACCACACCGUCGUCACCUCUUUCCCGCUAUGUUCUGGCUGAUGUUGCUCCGCCGCCGCCCCAAUUUACUGGCAGAGACUCUUCCUUGCAUUGGGCUGCCUACUAGUAGCAUCCCCGCACUCAAUCCUACGGUAAGUUUUUUUUCUGUUUCUUCCUUUCCCCUCGUGCACUGCUGCUACCUUGUGCAUGAAAAUUCCCACUUUUCUCUCUGUCUUCUAACUUUCAGUAGCCUUCUGCACCCCCCCCGCAUCAUCUGAAAGCCUUAUCGUGAUCAAACGGAGCCUACAAUUACCGCACAAUAGGGUAACAAGACCAGGGGUCCCGGAUAUGUAUCUAAGUUCAUCAUUCACACAAGGGACCACCAGGAAGCACAACUUUGUCACAAUAAUUGUAGAAGCAUGUAUCGAACAUCACCCAAACAAGGGUCUACCGAGUAACAAGGCUGAUAGGAGUCUGUCGCUUGUACGAAGUGUACCAAUCGCACACUUUGGACUG